GUCGAACAUGUGGAGCAGUUCCGUACGUGCACUCUGCCAAGUUUGUAAGACAUCGCCAUGCUCAUUUUGCUCAUUUUGACCGACCUCUAGGACCACAUCUACCGCAGCAUACACCAGAUCUGAGACUUGUUUCUCCCUCAGAACCCGAUUCGCCUCGAGCACUUUUGCAAACGCCAGCAGCGGAGCGGACAGGACCCUCCACUCCAUCUCAGCCGGGCCCUCUGCCGCUAUCACAUCGGCCCCGUCCGUCUUCCGAGCCGGACUUCCACGGGCCCGACGGCGUCUUCACCCCGCCAGCUGCCGCCCGACCAUUUGGGCGUCCCGUCCUCAUUGAGGGCCGUUACCGCCGCGUGCCUGCGAUCCCGCCCCUCGCUCCCUACCAGCAGCCAGACUGGGAGGCCUCGAUGAACGCCGCCAUGUUGACCGAUUUCCGUGAUGAGCUUGCCAGGCUAGAUGGCGUUAUCACUCCGGGCAUCGACAACACGCCUUAUGUUCAGUACGCCAUCGAGGCGCUCACCCGUGACCGGGACACGGGUUACUCGGGCACUGCCGCUCCCAGCAGCGGAACCUCCGCGUCUGGUCCUGCGUUACAUCCCGGCCAACGACCUCAGUCAUACCAACCCCGGGGCACACAGCAACAACACCCUUCCGCGCCAGCUCCCCCUCCGGCCCGUCCUCCGGUCGCUCAUCCUCCUGCGCAGAUUGUCCGGCCAGAUGUACCCAACCCGCAGCUACCGCUCCCGCAUAUCCCCGAUGCUCGGGAAUCAGCGCAUUCUCUUGCCGAAAGCCUGCUCAAGAAAGGGCCGCGUCCUCCCCAACCUCACGAGUGGAGAUCCGUGGAAAAGGAUGAGCUCCUCGCCAGCGCCCCCGAGCUAUCGCAACUCAGCUUCAGGCCCUGGCCUCUGAGAGCACCGGCCCUGUUCGCUUUCAUGGCCGCAUGCAUUUUGAUGAUUGCAGCCCUCAUCUUCAGUGCUGUGUACUCGCAUCUCCACCGGGGGCUCUUAGCAUGGGCUACGAUCCACGGCGGGCGGUAUUUCAUAUUCAGAAUCCUGCCGCAGCUCAUAGGCGCCGCAAUGUUGCUUUACGUGCAGUUCAUGGCGACGACCGUGGUUCGCAUCCUGCCGUUUGUUCGGCUGGCAGCGACAGCGCAAGAAGGGCGCGAAGGCGCCUUGUUCCAAGAACUCUACCCCACGUUUCUUUGGCCUCGCUUGGUUGGACCAUGGAAUGUCUGGGUUUUCACCCUGGCCACCUGGCUGAUGAACUUCACCAUUCCCUUGCAGAGCUCGCUGUUCACCGCGAUCCUGGUUGACCAGACCUGGACCUGGGCCACCGUUCAAGGAGUCGCCUGGACUCUCGUUGCGCUGUACCUGGCCCUUCUGGCCGCGACGAUCAUCAUCUGGCGGUUCUGGGCCAGCGUGGACAACACGGGGCUUCUUUGGGACCCCAGGUCUCUCGCCGACAUCGCCGCACUCGUCUCCGAGACCAACACGGCAGAGGACUACCGAGGAACCCAACUAGCGCGAAGCAGGGAAGGUAUCAGGUUCGCCCUUCGUCGGCGCGCCGCCGACAGGCUAGGCUACUGGACAUGGAAGGACGGCAGGCACGGGUUUUGGCACACGCUCGGCAGUCCGAUGGACGAAACCAACCUCGCCCCCAUCCCCGAUCUUGCCGCCGGGCGACGGAUGCAACGGCACGACGAGAAGCAGGAUGUGCUGACCACUACCGAAGGCGCCGACCACGAGCACGACCACGACAUGGAAGCCCGCGCGUCCACUCCGGCCCGGCACCGCUACCUUCCGUGGUGUCUGCGGAACAAUCAGCUUCUCUGGUUCAGCCUCACGGCCUUCAUCCUCAUACUUGCCAUCUUCGUCGCUUCGUUCCUCCCCUCGACCCGCAUCUUCGCCGGCUUUGCCCCUUCCCUCCGAGCCGACCCCCAACCGGGCGCUUUCUCAGCAGCCGACUUCCUCUACAGCUUCAUCCCUUCGCUGCUCGGCAUGAUAGUCUUCCUCGCCUUCCAACCCCUCGACACCAACCUGCGCGUCCUCCAGCCCUGGGCCGCGCUCUCCAGCCCCAGCGGCGCGCCAGCCGACCGCUCGCUGCUGGCGGACUACGCCGCAUGUGCGCCCCUGCAGUGCACUGUCUACGCCCUGCGGAACCGACACUGGCGCGUGGCCGCCAUCUCGCUGCUCUCCACGCUCUUUGUGCUGAUCCCCAUCCUGGCGGGCGGCUGCUUCAUGGCGCUGACCACCGCCGAGCGCGAGGUCCGCAUGUUCCCGAACGUGCCAGCCUACGCCAUCCUCCUGGCCCUGCUCAUCCUCUAUCUUUUGGCGCUCGUCUCGCUGUUCCCCGCGCGCGCGCAGUUCCGCAUGCCCCACGCCGUCAUGUGCCUGGCCGAGAUCAUCGGGUACCUGGUCACCCCGGAGAUGAGAGAAGAGCCCGCGUUCAAGCGGUGUGUCAGUCGGGAUGAGAUGGCGGGCAAGAUGGGUGUCGGCAGGGGGCUGCCCACGGACGUGCAGAGCAGGUGGGCGUUUGGGUUUGGCGAGACCGGGCAUGGAGAUGAAGAGGAGUUGGGCAUCAGGCGGAUGAGGCGUUUCACUGAGAAGCGCAGGGUCAGGAAGAGUCAGAUUCGACCCAUUCGAAGGGCAGUGGACGCGCUAUGAAAUUUGGUGAGACGAUGUUUUGGGAGGGGCGGUGUGUCUCUUGGUGAGCAUCUUGAUCUACGUAUGUGCAUGCAUGGCGACGGCGAAUUUGCAAUGUGUUUCUGGGAGUUUGGCAUACGAGGACUGUGGGGUACGGAGGUAUAUUUCUUGAUGAGUUAUGGUCAUGUUGGAAUGAAGGACGAGACCAUGAAGAGGUCUGUUAAGUCUAAUGUUGGUCACGGAGUACAUAUAUGUGUAAUGAGAUGUGUACGGAGUCAAAAGGCUGCGAAGCCUCGAGAUGGGGCUGCGAGAAGAAACUUGCAGUUGUACUGUACUAUGCGUAACACAGCACUCUACAUAGAGGAUGCACGAAUACUAAAGCGUUACGU